AGAAGUAGCAGUCGAUACAUGCUCCUCAUCGGUUGGUACGCUUCUUGGCACAGCUGUUCGACCACACCCUUUGGCAUCUGAACUGUUGGACCCGCUUCCACGUAGCAUGGCGUUUGUGUACUCUCUGUAUACACUACUGUGUUUUCUUCUGCCGGCUGCAAUGUUUUUUCCAGAACCCAGGAUCACGUGGCACCAAACAGAAGUUAGUUUAACGCAUUUCCAGGAGCAAGGCGUUUACAAUUACUCUACAUUGUUGCUGAGUGAAGACAAGGAUGUUUUGUAUAUUGGAGCACGGGAAGCCAUUUUUGCAGUAAAUUCGCUGAAGAUUUCAGAGAAGAAACAUGAGGCUUACUGGAAAGCCACAGAUGAGAAGAGCAAAGAGUGCGUACGGAAAGGCAAAUCCAGACAGACAGAAUGCCUAAACUACAUUAGAGUGCUGCAGACCCUCAAUGAAAACACUCUAUUUGUGUGUGGAACCAAUGCAUUUCAUCCCUCCUGUGAUACUUUGGAUGUCAGUAGUUUUACGCUGGCAGGCAAAAAUGAAGAUGGUAAAGGAAGAUGUCCUUUUGAUCCUGCGCAGAGUUACACUUCAGUGAUGGUUGAUGGCGAACUCUAUUCUGGCACCUCUUUUACCUUUCUGGGCAGCGAGCCAAUCAUAUGCAGACACUCCCAGCAAGGUCUGCUUAGAACAGAGUAUGCUGUACCUUGGCUUAAUGAGCCCAGAUUUGUGCAUUCAGAUGUGAUCAGGGCACCUUCCAAUAACCCAGAUGGAGAUGAUGACAAAGUAUAUUUCUUCUUCACUGAAGUUUCUGUGGAAUAUGAAUUUUUUAACAAGCUUCUAAUUCCCAGAAUAGCCAGAGUAUGCAAGGGUGACCAAGGUGGUCUCAGAACAUUGCAAAAAAAAUGGACAACCUUUCUUAAAGCCAGGCUCAUAUGUCACUCACAGGAGAAUAAUAUGAUUUUUAAUGUCAUCAAUGAUGUUUUUAUCCUCAAAUCACCAGAUUUGCAGGAGCCAGUCAUCUAUGGAGUAUUUACAUCCCAUUUAAACAAUGUUGGCAUGUCAGCUGUGUGUGCAUACAGUGUAUCUAGUGUGGAAGAUGUGUUUUCAAGGGGCAAAUACAUGCAGAGUGCCACUGUGGAACAGGCACAUACUAAAUGGGUGCAGUUUAAUGGCGAGGUGCCCAAGCCUCGCCCAGGAGCUUGCAUCGGUAACGAGGCUAAAGCCAUGAACUACACUAGCUCCUUGAACCUGCCGGAUAAGACAUUACAGUUUGUGAAAGAUCACCCUCUAAUGGAUGACUCCGUGACCCCUCUGGGGAAAAAGCCCAAGCUAGUGCUUCAGAAUGUGACAUACACUCAGAUUGUCGUAGAUCAGGUCAAAGCACUGGAUGGCAAUACCUAUGACGUCAUGUUUUUAAGUACAGAUAAAGGUAUGUUGCACAAAGCAAUGAGUCGUGACACUGAAAUGCGUAUUAUUGAGGAGAUAGUGUUGUUCCCCGAUCACCAAGCAGUCCAGACAUUGCUUCUUUCAAAUAAGCAGAACAAGAGAUACAUCUAUGCCAGCUCCAAUGAUGAAGUGAUUCAGUCUCCCAUUGCUUUCUGUGAGAAGUUCACGUCUUGUGCAGAGUGUGUGCUCACCAGGGAUCCCUAUUGUGCUUGGCACCCAAGCAAAAAUUCCUGUGUUGAAAUCCUUCUGGAGGCUAACACGGACAGGCUCUUGAUUCAGUCUUUAAAUGGAGAUUCUUCUCAAUGUCCAGAUUCUGCUGAUAAAGGGAUCCAGGAAAGUAAGAGGUACUCUGUCAAGGCAGGAAGCACAGUAGAGAUGAAAUGUUCUUACAAGUCUAAUCUGGCUUCAGUGGUGUGGACAUUCAAUAAAGAAAGCUUUAGCGUGGCCCCUCCCAAAUAUAUUGUGAACAAUGCUCUAAUCAUACUCAAUGUGACGGAGUCAGAUACAGGCACUUACCAGUGCUGGGCACAAGAGCUUGUGAUGAGUAAUGUAUUUUCCCAGCUGGUGAUCAAACAUGUUCUAGAGAUUGAGAAGACACCACCUCCCGUGGCCAGCACAACUCCACCACCAUCAACACGAAUGGAAGGAAUAAUGGAAACCACUCGCUUUUAUGUAGUGAAGAAGGAGAAGACCACCAAAAUGUCUACGACCACAACAACUACUCCAGUAGUAACUACAUCUGUUGGGGGUGUAACAUAUCUAAACAACAAAAUAACAACACCAACGGUCCCUGUGUUGGGGGAGGUAUUCAGCGCCCUUCCCAAUGUUGAAAAAGCUUUGUACUUGACCAACAAUAAUGACUGCUCUCUUCUCAUAAUUUUGGUCAUAGUAUUCUUCUUACUAUUUGUCAUUUUGUUGAUAUACAAUUGCUACAAAGGGUUCCUUCCAGACGCUUGCCUGAAAUACCGCUCUGCUUUGCUAUCAAGCAAAAAGAAGAGUCCUCCAAGCUUGAAAGAUUGUGAGCAUGGUUUGAAGGAAACCUUAGUGGAAAAAGGGUGUACUGAGAACCAGUGUAGUGGGACAGUUAAAGCGCCUCCAGACACCGGCUAUGAGACAGAUGCAGACUGUGUUAAUGGAAAUAUCACUCAUAAAGAAGAUGAGACGACAGAGGAAAAUGAGACGGACCAACCAUUUGAUGUUAAAUGUGAAAUAAAGUACGCCGACUCAGAUGGUGAUUGAAGCCAAUGCUUUUCUCUCAAGUGAUGUGUAUACUGAGCCACACGUAAUAUGGCUACUAGGCUGUUCAGCUUCACUCCAUUUCAAAAAAGGAUAUAUGGUUGUUUCUAGUGUUUAGCUAAAUGUAUUGUUUGUAUAUCCUUUCCAUGUCUUUCUUUACAUUCCUCUUUAGUUUGUGUUUUUUUUUUUUCUUUGCACAAGACUGACCAAGUGCUUUCACGUUAUAAAUUUAAUUCCAAAUUGGAAGUUAUUAUUUUUUUUUUAUCAAAUUGGUAAGUAUCUGGUACUUUGGCCACAUAGGGGUACAGCUAUUCUUGUUAGUACUUGAAGAUGUAACUUCCAGAACACAAUUUAUAAUACUGUGUAUGUGUAUAUAUAGUCUUUGUUCAUUUGCCUGCAGCUUUGCUAUGGAUCUGUUUUUCUUCAGUCGAAUUGCUUUCUCAGGGAAUACAACCUUUGCUGUCCUACUUUUCAUAAUGUAAAACAAAACUGCUAUCCUUGCAACCUGUGGGUACUCGAGCGAUGGAGUGAGGGAGUGGGAAGUGAUGUAUCUGAGCUGUUUUUUAUUCGUUACAUCACAACAAGAACUGGACUGUGGACAUAACUACUGACAUGGGGAAAGAUGCAAAUAAUUUCUGUACACAGCAGAACAAUUGUGUACAGGGGGAACAGGAUGUAUUUUAAACAUUUCCAAAAUCCCUGCAUUAGUUAUGCGCUGGUAAUACUUAAAUGGAAGCACCAGCAGGCAUUUCUAUGGACUAUAAGGGAAAA